CCUGGCCGAGUUGCAACUUUGCAGCCGAACCGAACUCCCGGGAAAGUCCCCUCGGGAAGGCCAAGCGCAAACCUCGGGGUGCUUUUUCUUUUGGGGCUUCCGUGCACGGCUAGAAAGGACGGGUGGAAGCGGGCGGGGGGCAGAGGAACUAACGAGUGACCCGAUGGCUGACUCUUUCAAGAAAAAAGAGCCUCUGGAGACGCGCGUGGAUGAAGAGACCCGGGCCGUGUGAACGGAUCCUCCCGCGCUGUAGCCUCGCUGCGUUUUCGUCCCGGACUUUUCUUCUUCGGCCGACCGCCCCCCGCUCUGAAAAGUACCGCAGGGGCCCAUCCUCGGGAGUCCCCCGAUGGCAGUUUUAAAUGGCUAGGCGGACUUUUCCCAUUGUACCUCUCCAGGUCGGUCGCGAGGCGCGUGGCUGGAGCUCCAAGAUCUUCCCGGUUGUCCUUGGCCUCUCGGAGGAAGGCCAUGCUGAGAGUUCCCAAAGCAGGGCCUUCCGCCCCCGGCCGAGGGGCGCCUUCCCUCGUCCCCCCCCAGUCACAAAAGAAAAGCCUGCCCGUCGGCAGCUCGGCGGAGCUGGUGGUCGCCGACCUCGCAGGCCCUCCGGUGCGGGCUCUCCCCGCAGCCUAUUUCGCUCAGGUGUACCCCCAGACGGCGGUGGUCGCUCCGUUACCUCGAGGCAGUUGCCUUUAUGCCACCCCCCAUGGACCUGAGAUCAAAACCAUGCGAUCGGCCUCCACGGGAAAACUGCCGGCCAAGAGGAAACUGGAUCUCGAAGGAACCACUCAGCAGUGCAACACAGAAUUCCGGACUCCAAAAGGCAAAGGGAGACCACUCCCUCACAUCUCUAGUCCAAAAACCCCCAAGUCUCCUGGAGAGAAGACCCGCUACGACACAUCUCUCGGCUUGCUGACCAAGAAGUUCAUUCACUUGCUCAGUGAAUCAGAGGACGGGGUGCUGGACUUGAACCGGGCUGCCGAGGUGCUGGAGGUGCAAAAGCGACGUAUCUACGAUAUCACCAAUGUCCUGGAAGGGAUUCAGCUCAUUCGCAAGAAAUCCAAGAACAAUAUCCAAUGGAUGGGAACGGGCCUUUUUGAAGACUCCUCCGUGGCAACAAAGCAGCACGUCUUGCGGCAAGAAUUGACUGAACUUUCGAAGAACGAGAAGGUGUUGGACAAACUCAUCCAGGAGUGCUCUCUCCAGUUAAAGCAUCUGACGGAGGAUGAGACCAAUCAAAGAUUAGCGUAUGUCACCUAUCAGGAUAUCCGGGCCAUCAGCAAUUUUAACGAGCAGACUGUGAUUGUGGUGAGAGCGCCCCCAGAAACUCGUCUCGAGGUGCCUGAUGUUUGUGAGGAGAACGUCCAGCUCCACCUAAGGAGUACCAAUGGCCCCAUUGAAGUCUACCUAUGCCCAGAAGAAAUUCUGGAAGAGAGCCCUGCCAAGGAGAGUUGCUUCCCUCUUCCAGCACACCAGGAGAGUGCUAAACCCACAACGGUGAAAGUGGAAUCGGUGAAGACAGAGCUGCCAAGCUGCCUGAUGGAGGGAGAGGAUGGUCUCCUAGAGCCCCCUCAGCACCUCCUGCAGCAGACAGAGGACCAGCUCCCUUCCACAGCCUACGGCGACCCAGGCCCCUUUGUCAGUUUUUCCCCUCCCCUCGACCAAGAGGAUUAUCUGUGGGGACUGGAGGAGGGCGAGGGUGUAAGCGACUUGUUUGAUGCCUAUGACUUGGGGGACUUGCUGAGAAAUUAAAACCAGAGUUUCCUGGCCCUUCCUAUGGUGCUAACAGUAACCUCCUCUGCGCACACACAGACCCAGAUUCCAAAGCGUUGGGCUGUUUCUUGGAAGCGUCUUUUGCAUUUUGUCCCAAAGGAUGUGGCUUGCAGGCUGGCCUCCUCCAAUAGUUCUCCCUCAGUUUAGAAAAUCCUGACUCAUUCAAGGCUUUCCCAGAGGAUUUUGGAUGGGCAGUAAAGCACCCCAUGUGCUGUUAUGGGGAAGCCUGUCCUGUCUUCUCCUUUCUAGCUUUUCUUCUUUCCUUUUGGAAGUGCUGAGUGUCAGAACUUGGACUCUGGUUUUCCCCAUUUCUUCCAUGUGGCCCGAUGGAAGUUGCACACAAUAUUGCUAAUACCUUGGAGAAAUCAGGAGGUCUUAAUUCAGUUGUAUAUUUUCUUGUUGAAUCCCACAUUUCUCACUGGGUGGAAGUCCUCAGUGUAGGGCCCUGUUCAUACCCUGUGCAGUGUUUUGGAGAAGGGCCUACAAAUCUGCCCAGAAAUGUGCAAACUUUACUGUUCCAAGGACAGAGUGUUCCAGAGAAUCCCAAAAUUGGUAUUUUUCUUCUGGAACCCCUGACUCAGGCGUUCCAGGUACAGUUAGGUGGUUUUCCAAAAGUAAAUCUUCUGGAACAGGAAGUGAUUUGCAGGAUUCCUGACCCAGGGACAGGAAGUUGAAAGUGGCUGUCUUCUUGGUAUGAACUUCCCAACAUUACAGUCCAUCCAUCAGGGGAAAAGUGAACAAAGGGCUAGGCAGGCUUCUCCUGGUGCCAGGGUUCUCCUCCAACUGAGUGUGUCAUGGAAUGUGUCUGGGCCAACCAGACAUCUCUCUGAGGCUCUCCGUGCAGAAUUAACUUGUAUAUGGAUUGGCUAGGUUCCUCCACAUUUAUUACCCCAGAUGAACUUUGGAAAAUCCUAGCAUGUCCUGGUUUGAAACUGAGUUUACAUGCCUUGGAAAAGGCUCUGAUUCUGUCCCAGAAGCAACUUGGUAUCCUCCGUGUGUUUGAGGCUUUAAUUUUCAUCAGCCCGGCUGGUGAGGGAGUGUGGGAGUUGUCAAAAAAAAGAGUAGAGAUUAACCACUGUUGCUUGUCGAGGGGAUUUCGGUUGCACCUCAAGCUGUGGAUAAAACAAGAUGAGGUUAGUAUCUUUUCUGCAUGGUUGCUAAAAGCUGAGGUCUAAGGAGGCAGCCACAUCCUUUCCCAAGAUAUGGGUUAAAAGAGCAAAUUUUUGAGAUUGAAUCCAUGCAAACACACUUUUCCCCUCCCCAGAGAGGUUUGCUUCUUUGACUUGGCUGUUUUCAGCUCACAAUUGGACCAUUCCUGAUUGCCCAACUUCAUUCCUUGUUGGGGCCAAGUGUUCAACCCCUCAUGCCCUUGAUAGUCAUACCAACUGAUGUGGUGGUUCUCCAUUUCUCCAAGACCUGGAUCUCCAAGGUCUGGAUCUCAGUGGAUCAGAUGUUUUCAGUGUGUCCCCCAAGUCUGACCAUAGCCUUAAUACUCAAGUGUGUGUUUCUCUGUCAAUGAUUUAUGAGCCAUCAGCAAUUUUAUGUAUCCUAAUAAGUAGAGCCUCUUAUAACCCUGCCUCCCAGUGUAUAAAGUAGAUGUAAUCUUGCAGGGGAACAUAAUACCAGGGGUGGGGUUGCAUAUUUGUCUUCCUGAUGAAUUUCUGCAAUUUGAAAAUUUGCAUACUCUUAUCAUAAUCAUUUGCUUCUGAAGCUGACACUGGUGUCUUAGCAAUAAUUAUUUAUUUUUUUCCGCUGGUCAGAGCAGAGCUUCACUUGAUGGGUGAUAGCAGAUUUGACCACAAAAGAUCACUUUGUAUCAGAUAACCAGGUUUGGUUGUCUACCAAAAUAUAUUUGCUACUCAAUAUCUCAGGCAAUAUGUGUUUCCCCGCUGCUGGGUCACAUACCUGCAGCUCUAGGCAAGAUUGCAGUCCAUUGCCUUAGAUCAGAGCUAGGCAACACGUUUGUUGUAGCUGGGUGGAAGGGACUACCUAUUUUAAAAUUAGUUUAUUUCUGUGAAAGGUAAAAAGGCUCUAUAGCAGCAAUUUUAAAAGGCUUGAAGGGGUGUUGUAGAUUACUUUGACGGGGUGUUGCAUCUCUUCCUUAGCAGGAGGAAAAAAUCAACAGGCAGGGAAGACUUUUUCCAGGAGCAGUCCCAUAAUCAUAAUUUCUAGCUGCCUUAGAUUGACGCAAGUCCAUUUGCAGCAAAUGCAUCCUUUCUCAGGGAACAAAAAUUUGACUUGGGUUGCUUCUGACCCAAGAUUGCUGAGUUUUGGAGGGGGCAGUGCUGCCCAGGAGCACCCACUUUUUCAUGGAUGUGCAGAGGGAGACCAGAUGCUAAAUAGACAGGGAAGAGGUCCAUCUGUAUCUGAUGUUGACCCAGGGUUCUUCCUGCCGUCUGAGGUCUGGGGCUUUAUUGAUCCUUAAGCUACAAAUCUUGGACCAGUUUGACCCAUCCUUCAUUUCUUUCUUCACAGCUCAUGAGACUGAAUUCCUUGAGCAACUUCAGCCUAACUUUAAAGGAGCCUUUGGUUUUAUCUUAACCACGUCAUCAUUUACAGCUGGCUUAUUCUUAAGUUGGAACCCUGUAUCUUGGCUGUAUCUUUUCAGGCAGUAAGAGGAUUAUCUUAACAUAAUGCAGGGGACAUCUAGAUUUCAGGAUGAAGUGUUUGAGCCUAGCCUUUUCUCUUGGCAUGCUCGUUUUCUGCAUGCAAAGAUUUAUGGUUGGACUGCUCAAAAUGUUAACUCCUUUGCUGCGGUUUUAUGUACUGAGGAAGAUCUCUUGUCUCAGUGGAAAUUAAGGUUGUUGUAGCAGUAAAUAAUCAGAGGCAUGAGUGUGUGCUUGGGCAUACGCAUUGUGGGUGAGUAUGGGAAAGGGAUAAACUCAAAGAUUGCAUCAUCUGGAGAAGUAGAUAUCAAAUUCUAUAUAGUGAUUUAGGGCACCUUUCUUGUAGGGAGGGGGAAUCCACAAUCUGUAUGCUUUUUCCUUAGCAGAGCUCUUAAAAAUCUGAAUUACAUACCCUUUAUUUCAAGUUAGGGUUGCCCUGAACUUCACUUGUGCAAAAUGUAGUGAUUUAUUGUUAUUUUUCUUACAAGAAAGUCAAUCCAAGUUCAUGACAUUGGUGAUGGUGGUUCAUAGAAUACUUCUUACUGCCUAGUUUUUCAGAGCCCCAGUUAAACCCAAUGUAGUUUUUCUGGCUAUGCCCCCAGUCUCAUCUUCCUUGGUAGAGCAAGAGACAAGAGGGAGUAAAGGUUUGAAGUUGGGUGCAUAAUUGAAGAGUGUUUCAGCUUUGCCCGAGGUGGCUAUAGCAGUGCUAGCCAGGCUGAAGAUAACAUUAGAAUUGCACACAGUAUACCUCUUGACACAGAUGCCUUGCACAACCCAAGGGUGAGCCUUAGCACACUUCCAUUGCAAGAUACUGUUUUCUUCCUUGAUUCGCAGCCUGCCACCCUUGCUUAAAAAGAGAAGUAGCAGUUGUGAAUAUGCAGCAACUGGGUUCCUAGUUGCUGAUCCCAGAUCCAGUUAUUUACUUCUUGACUUAGUAUAGCUCAGUUAAAUCCUGGGCUCACAUGCACAGUGUUGGAAGUGUGCGGGGGGAGGUGGUGACGGUGUUCCUUUCUUUGAACAAAGGGCUAUGUGUUUUUUACUAUUUGAUAAGCUUUUUGAAGACACUUGUCUUUACGGAUUUCUUCAUAAAUGAAAUUAUUUGUAUGUAGAACAAUGAAUUUGAAGAACAGUUGUUCCAUGAUACCCGAGUUUUGCAGAAUGCAGUUUUGGAGCUAGGCUUAUAGAGUAAUCAGUUCAUCAUGUCACUGUUUUGUUGGCAGAGUUUUUGAGGCUACUUCCUCGUACCAGGUUUUAAUAUGGGUUGAGCGUGUACUUAACAAUUAAUUGAGCUCAGCCCUAGUCUUAAUUCAACGGGUGUGUGCACAGAAGGAGACUUCUUGUGCAAACCACCUUUCAAAUCUUUCCAAAUGCAUUUGGCCCAGGGACAUUGCUGGGUUUUGUCUUAAAAUUGUAAAAGUUGUAUAUAAUUGUUACACUGUAUUUAUAACAGGAACCAUCUUUGACGCUGUUCUGCCACGUGUGGGUUUUAUUUGCUUUGUUUGAAACAAGAGUAUUUAAAAAUGUGUUCUAAGGCUUUUUGUGAUGUUUGGCUUGGCCUUGUGGAUGGAGAUGUGUAUGAUUAAAAAAAAAUAACCUUGAGGCACUUGACGAUGUGUUUUUUUUGUGAGCAGCAAUGACAACAACAAAAAGGAAAUAAAAUGUUUG